AGUUGUUGAUGUGGAACCAGUAUCUGCUGGUAAGACUACACGGGAAAUUUUUUCCAGGGGACAGCUUCGGUUCCGCCCUCUUCUUGGCGAUAGUAGCCACCAGCCGGUUUGGUAAGUUUACUAAAGUCAAGUGCAGCAAGCAGCCGGAAGUCAUUUGGCAACACAGAAGAGUGCACCUGCAAGUGCCCUCAAAGAAAGUGGGGGAAGAAAAAAAAAAAAAAAAAAAGCAUUACCCGCCUAUCCAGACCGGGCUGCACACUGCAUUGGAGACCAGAUCUGAGAGCAGAGGGACGCUGUGGAGAAAGCAUGCCCACUGACCAAGAGCCCACCUUCACUGUGAAGCUGCUGCAGCUGAUACUGAUCUCCACUUAUUGGGGGAUGCAGAUUUGGGUGACGUUCAUUUCAAGUUUUGUGAUGAACAACCACCUGAACAGACACACGUAUGGCUUUAUUCAGAGUCGUCUGGUCCCGUUCUACCUCCACCUCGGUUCAGCCUGUGCUUUCUUUAACCUCACUAUCUACGCUGUCUAUCACCCCAGUGACAUGUUGGAUGACAGAGAAGCCUUUCAGAUUUUCAUCUUCUUUGUGUCCGUGACCGUUUCGGCCAUCAACGCUCAGUGGUUUGGCCAAAUGACAUCAGAGAUCAUGGCUGAUAUGCAUCUUAUUGAACAGGCAUGCGGACUGGGUCAGGAUAUCGGCCUGUCAUCUAACCGCGAAGCUUACGCCAAGCUCUGCGAGACAGAUAUCAAAUACAGACACCUCAGCAACCGCCUGUGGCUGUACAGACUGCUGUCCUCUCUGUGCAACCUCUGCUGCAUAGGCUGUAACUUCUACAGUCUCUGUUACAUGGCUGAAAACCUUGUUGCAUUAUAAAAUCGACACACAGCCUCAGGACUGCUGGAUUGUUUAAAUCAACCCCUUACAAAUUGAGAAAUGCUUCCUUUUUUAAUGACGCUAUAACUUAUAUGUAUUUAAUUCACAAUGUCUUGCUGUAAGGUGUGAGAUGAAAUGUCAGGUAAGCCUUGUUGCCUAGUCUUUGGAAAUAGUGAAAAGACAACGCCUCAUUUCUCUCAUAAGGCUUGUGGAGCGGUGAGACGGUGAGUAAUGCCUCACCUUUCACCUAGUUUGGUUUCACAGUGUUGGCUGCCUGGAGAUUUGCUUUCACUAUUACAGUUAAAAUAAAAUACCUGAAUAGUAAUCUUAAGUCAGUGGAAUUCUUUUUAAGCUUUGUCGUAGCAGUAUGGGAGAUGCCACACCAGGAAACAGCCUCGUCCACUGGAUGUUUUCACAUGUAUGUAACAGAGGGGCCCCUUUAGCUAGUAGAACUGGAGCAUUCCCUCAGUCUGGUUUUUCUGUUUGGGUGGAGUUUUUAUCCCAUGUUCAGUGUAGUGCCACAAGUUUGUCUGUCUUACCUUAUGUUGCCUUAAGAACGCAUGUGCUUGUACAUGCGCUUCAUGUACUAGCUUUAGUUGAGAUGACAAAAAACACUAACGGCGGCUAGUUAGCGCUGCUUUUAGCUGUGCUGUACAUACGAGACUUUAUUUGUGUUUGUGAAUAGUUCCUUUGUAUUUUUUGGUGAAGAAGCAGCGAGGCAGGUAAGAGUCUCUGUUGCACAGCAGGUCGGUUUAGUUGUGAGAGUCAUCCAACAGGUAGACCCUUGAUCUGCUUCCAGGAUAGUCAGUCUGUUGCUGAGAAACACAUUUCUCUGUGGAUCAUCAGUGACAAGCGGGAUCAAAUCAGUGUUGCUUAGCAGCUUUGACUGUUGUGAUCUACUCCCUAAUGAUGCAUUGAUCCAGAAACUAGUGAGGGGGCAUUUUUUUGAGAUGGUCGAAAGUAUUGGUCAUAUUUGCUGAGUUGAUGUGGGUCUAUUUAGGCUGAACGUCUGUGGUAGUAAUAAUGAUAGUACAGACCACCCCACCCCCCAGAAUGUCACAAUGACAGUUCUGAACACAUGUGCAGUAACUUUUACAUUACCUCAUAAUACUUCUUGGAUUUCUCUUGGUCAGUACAGACCCUACAAGAUGUUGCGUCCUACAUUACUUGAUAUCAUGCAUGUAGUUUGAAAGGCACUGGCACUUACCACAGGUGAUGUUGGUUGAACAAACAUUCAUUUGACCCCGUGGCUUCUAUCAGAUGUGGCCGGAGACUUGCAGGUACACACUAGUAUGUCUCCUAGUACAGACUUGUCUGAGCCAGGUCUGUAUUAAUUUGCCAGCAAGGGGUCUACCCACUUGCGCUGUGGUUAUAAUAAGCAGCUGUAACAUGGUCCAUAGUUAUUACAUCAUAAUACAAUCGGACUUCCCUGUGGAAGAGCGGAAAGUAAUGCAUAGUAUUAAGCAUAAGAACACCAAUUGUGACGUUCUGGGGGCUCCAUAGGAUAAGUCUAUUUAAAGACCUGAAUGAAUCUCUGCCUUUGACAUUUUCACUUAACAUCCCAGGAUGACCUCCAUACAUAUUUUAUCUUCACAUUGUACCUAAAAGCAGAAUAUAAUUUUUUAUAUAUUGAAGAUUUUAAAUACUGUGGGGUCUCUAUCCUGAAUUCCUUGAGUUUUUUUUUUUUUUUUAACUUCAUUUUAUAAGACCUCAGUUUGUUGUGUGUUAGGGUAUUUAUACACUCUCUUUGGGGAAAAUUAUGUAGGCUUGAACUGAAAUCAAAUUAAAUUUGAAUUGUCUCUUUCCAGUAGAGUUCUCUGGCUGUUUUGAGUCAUAGGUUGACUGUCUUUGAAGUGUUCUGUUUUACACCCUGAGCACUGAGGAUCUGUGGUCAGUUUAAGCUGUGUAUUUUGUGUUCAUUUGAUAAGGUCAUGAGUUAAUGGUUGUGGGUCUGUAUCCAUUAUGUUUCAACAUGUGACUUUUUGUACUGUUUUCUAUAAAUUUUAUGCCUUAA